UUUCCUUGCCCGGUCUCUCUAACACUGGGCAAAGGAGACUGAAGGAAAGGACACGUAGAUAAAUCCAUCAAUCGACUCCGAUCUCUCUUCUGCGACCCCAAAGCAGCAAACCGCCGCCCUCCAUCUCUUUCUUGCUCGUCGAAUCGCAUCGGCCGAUGGGUUACCUGCCUUCGCUCGGCAGCAAAGCGGCGCACUUCGUGUCCGACAUCACCACCGUUCUCCUGAAUCCCAUCUCCGAUGAGCCCUCUAAACCCCAUGAAGAGGAUAUGGAGACAAAAAGUAUAGAGAAGGAAGAUUCUCAGGAUGAUUCUGAAGAUCCAGAUGGCCCUGAUACGUCUUCGUUUACUGCAUUUCUCAUCUCCCUUUUAUCAUCUUCAAACCCAAGUAAUCAUCCAACAGAAGAGCUAAAUGAGCAUCAUGCAGAAGCUGGAGAGUGGACGUCAAACUCUGCACCUAAUGAAAAUAGUGGGAGGAUAUCUCUACUUGCAAGAGGCAAGAGAACAUUUGGAAAAGCUAUUCACAAGGCAGCUAAGAUAAGUGGAUUUAGACAGAAUUCGGAGCCUAAAAUUGAUCACAACAUAAUAAAUGAACCAGAGUUGACUGGAUGUGAUUCGAGAUCAGUUACUGUCACAAAGGAUUCUGCUACACACUUUGAUCUGCCAAACAUGUCUGAACCAUCAUUACUUCUUUCAGAAAAUAUGCGUGCUGCUCUUUAUUUUUCACUGCCAGCAUUAGUUAAAGGAAGAAAUUGGCUUCUGCUUUACAGCACAUGGAGACAUGGGAUAUCUUUAUCGACUCUUUACAGAAGAAGUGCACUUUGUCCUGGUUACACUCUCUUGGUUGUUGGGGAUACAAAAGGUGCUGUUUUUGGUGGCUUAAUUGAAGCACCAUUGCAACCAACAAAUCAAAGGAAGUAUCAGGGAACAAACAACAACUUUGUUUUCAGCGAUCUAUCUGGAAAUCCUGUGAUAUUUCGGACUACAGGUACAAAUCAUUAUUUCACUUUGUGCUCAUCUGAGUUCUUGGCCCUGGGUGGGGGUGGUCAUUUUGCACUAUACUUAGAUGGUGAUCUGUUGACUGGAUCAAGCUCUUCCUCAGAAACUUUUGCCAAUUCCUGUCUUGCCCACUCUGAGGAUUUUCAAGUAAAGGAGGUCGAGUUGUGGGGUUUUGUCUAUGCUUCCAAGUACAAUGAGAUGUUGGAUUUGUGUCGGGUGGAAAAGGCUGGGAUUUGCAGAUGGUGAGUUGUUGUUCGUGAUGAACCCAUUUGUUCCUUGGUUAGACACCACUGCUGAAGAGAUCGUCGGUUCAUAUCAAUGACUGCAUGUAGAGUGUGCUGUACAUAUACAACCUUCUUGACCACCUGUAUAAACGCCACCUCACAGAGUAUAUUUUACUGGAAGACUAGAUUGUGAUCUUGUAAGAAGCAUAAUGCUACACUGGAAGUAAAAAGGGAGAAAAAGAUGCGAAAUAUUCUGUUGUGCGCACGAUGGAAAUUUGAGAGGCAUUAUUUGGUUGCUAUA